AUGGCUGUGCUGCAGCGCGUGCUGCAGCUGCGCAGCAGCAGCAGCAGCAGCAGCAGCAGCUGGCUGCUGCCCCUCUCCCGCGCCUUCUCCACCGCGCUCCCCCGCAGCAGCAGCAGCAGCAGCAGCAGCAGCAGCAGCAGCAGCAGCAGCAGCAGCAGCAGGCGCUGCUUCAGCAGCAGCAGCAGCAGCAGCGGGUUGCUGCUGCUGACGCUGAGUUCGCCCGCAGAGUGUUUGCUGCUGCGGCGGCCAGCAGCAGCAGUCAGCCUCCCGGGGGCCACUGGUCACUUCACCGUGACCAGGUUCCUUCUCUCCCCUCCAUCCCCCCCACACUCCCUCACAGCAGCAGCAGCAGCAGCAACAGCAGCAGCAGCAGCAGCAGCAGCAGCAGCAGCAGCAGCAGCAGCAGCUGUGGGUGCAUGCAGGCCGCAAGACGACAGCAACUGCACUUUGGCUGAAGUUGUUGCUGCAGAAAUUGUGCCUUUGGAGCUGCUGGAUAAAGAAGCAGCAGCGCAGCAGCUGCAGCAGCUGCUGCAGGAAGCAGCAGCAGCAACUGACCAGUGGACCAAAGCCAAGGCCUUGCUGGGGUAA